AUGCCACAAAAUCAUAUUUCUUGUCUGUUACAUUUCAACGGUAAUAUUUUUACUGAUGAAAUUAUUGGAGUGGUAUUUCAAAAUACAGAUACAAAUAUUUUAAAAAUUCAUCGAAAUAGUGAUUUAGCUCAGUUGACAGAAAAAAUAGAAGAAACUUUACGACAACAAGUAACUUCUAUUUUUUAUCGAUUUCCAAUAGUUAAUCCAGUUGAUCACAAUGUCACAUACAACACUGCAAAAAUCGAAGACGAUGAAGAUGUCCGUUCAAUGCUUCAAUGCCACUCAAGGUUUUGCAAUCAACAAGAAAUGGAGUUGUAUAUUUGUUUUCAACAAAUGCAUGAAGUAUUUCCAACACAAUCGUCACAAACUCAUGCAUAUCAACAAAGUCAGGUCUCCCAACAAGAAGAGUCUGUCGAAGUACAACAUAACGAGCCAAUAUUUCCGGAAGAGGAAGUGGGUGAUGAUACUGACUCCGACGAUGCUAGACAAAUUAAUUUGUUUAGUGGAUCCAAUGAUGAGUCAGGUGACGAUGAUAGGCUGGAGGCAGAACCGGCUCCUAUACUUGAUCUGUAUAACCCACCCUAUCACUUGAGAAACGUUUCAUUUGAAUGUGUGGAACCAAUUUCAGUCUUCGAAUCCGUACACGAACGUGAGUCAUGUGAUGACUUAAAGGUUGGUAUGACUUUUGAAAACAAAGAAGCAUGUCUCCAUGCAAUAUCUGAGUAUCACAUAAAAAAUUCUCAUACAUUUAAGAACCAUAGUGAUGAGUACAAGAAGUUUACCUACCGAAGACACUCCGGUGAUGUUUCAGGCGCGGAGGAGAUGACAAGAAAUCUGAGAGAAUCUUCAACAGUUGCUCAAAAGAGAAUUCGUAGAAGUAUCGAUGAAUCACUGCAGAACAAGAGGAUGAGAUACAAAGCAGUGCUGAAUAAUUUGUGGAAGAUUAGAGUGAGAUUGAUGGAGGUUGCAAAAGGGCUUAGAGGUUGUGAUUGA